GUUCAAUACAUUUAUAAAUAAUUUAAAAAAUUCAUUAUUAUUUAGGACUUUAUGAUAUUUACAAACAUAAGAAAUUCCUUGCUUCAUUACAGUAUUAUUUUCAUGCUUCAAUAUUCUCUCAAAAAUGAGUUGCAGCCACAUUGUGCUAGAGCACUUAUUGCACAAUGUAUGUUCUUCGCAUCCUUUUAUUAAAUUUGGUACAUGUGUUAAAGCUGGUGCAAUUAGAUGAUACUGUUUUUCUUCUAAAGCUUCUAAAACUAAAUAAAAUUUUUGUUUAAUAUCAUUUAUUGAUAUUUCUGUUUUAACUGAUUGUGUGCAUACAAAUGGGACAAUAGUAGUUUUCAGCAAAUUUAGUGUAUCGCUAUCUGAAAUUCUACUAAAGUUUAUUAUUCGUUUCAUUAAAAAUAAUGCUUGUUUGCGAUAUUGUUGUACAGAAGAUUUUAAACUUCUUAUUAUUAGUAACCAUAGUGAUUCGUCAUAACAUAAUAUGUCAGGUAUUGCACUUGUGACUUCAAACUCUCCUGAAAAAUAUGUAUCAACUAUAAUACUCAAUGCACUAAGUUGGUCUUGGAUAUCCUUCAUAUCAAUGAAAAUAAAAGAUUUUAGUGUGGGCAAAACUUUUUCAGAACCAAAAAUUUUUAUUAUUUUUGGAAAUAUUGAAGCAAAAGUAGGCCAUUUUCUAUUAUCUUUCAUUUCUAGCCAAAUCCUUAUAUCUUGUAAAUAAUGUAAGUCCAAUGUUAAUUGCAACUCUGUCUCUAUAUCACAAUUUAGUAAUUGUUUCAAGUAGAUUGAAUCCAGAAAACUUUCCAGUAUUUUCAUAUAAAAUACUCUGUUUUCAUUUUCCGACAGAAAAAUAAAAUGUGAUCUUUGGAAAUUUGUUAAAUGUUGUUCAAGACAUCGUAAAUUACAAAAGAGUAAUGUAUACAAAGUUGUAAUAUCAUAUAAAAUCGUUAAAUCACUGUCAUUCUGGAACUGUUUUUUUAAAUUUAAAACAUUUUCAAUUCUUUUGAAGCACAAGUCGUUUGGCACUCUUCUUGUAUAUUUCAUUUCUGAAUUAAAUAUAAGUUGAUAUUCAUAACACAGUAUUGUGCGAAAUGUUUCCAAUUUUUUGAUAUUUAAAGUAUUCUCAUUUAUCUGUUUGUCGUAAUUUCGUAUUAAACAGUGCAACACUGUAAAUGGUUCAGUCUUAAAUGUGGUAUCAAAUGUUUCCAAUAUCGACAAAUCUGUUGUUGAAAAAUUCAUGUAUCGUUCGUGUGAAUCCAUUUUGUUACAGCUGCCACCGACUUCAAUAUUUAUAUUGAAAAAGAAGUUGACGUAGUGUGAAUGUAUGUUUUAAUAAGAAAACUUUUAACUAAGAUACAGCUAACAUAUCAUUUUUCUUGAUUAGAAACAGUACUGUCCUUUGUUUUGUUCAUGUGUUAUUAUAUGUACAAUAUAUAAUAACAAUACGAAUGUACAUAACCAAUAAAAGUACACGUGGAUACUCUAAAAUAUACAUAAAUACAAUACGUGUAGGACGUUUCUUUCUUAUAUCACAAAGAAUAUUACAAUAGCAUUGAAAUAAAGGAUUUUGUUUUGACAGUAAGAUUCAUUCACUUCAAGCUACAGUGAGCCUCAAUUACAGAGAUUUCAACACUCGCCAGUUUCAGGGAACGUUUGUGUUUUCUGACAGUAAAGACGAAUGAAGGGAAGUAACUUCCCGAAAAUCAUUAGCUUGGUCAAACAAGUGGUCAUAAGCCGGCACAUAAGUUUGACGACGAUGGCUAAAAGUAAAUUCGAAUAUGUAAAAGAAUUCGAACGUGACGACUGUUGUUUGCCAAAUUGUUGGAUUGUGGUUAGAAUUGAUGGAAGAAAUUUUUCAAAGUUUUGCGAUGCUCAUCAAUUUACAAAACCAAACGAUGUAGCCGCCCUGGAAUUGAUGAAUCGAGCGGCUAUUACGGUUAUGGAAGAUUUUAAAGAGAUAAUAUUAGGUUUCGGUCAAAGUGACGAAUAUUCUUUCGUUUUUCGGAAAGACACACAGCAUUACAAAAGGAGAGUGUUUAAAUUAAUGUCAAAUGUGAAUUCACUUUUUACAUCAGCAUACGUCUAUUAUUGGUCUCGAUUUUUUCGAGGUAAAGAAUUAUAUUAUCCACCUUCUUUCGAUGCUCGUGUUGUACUAUAUCCAACAGAUAAAAAUUUGAGAGAUUAUUUAGCCUGGAGGCAAGCGGAUGUUCAUGUGAAUAAUUUGUACAAUACUUGUUUCUGGAAUCUUGUGUUGAAAGCUAAGCUUACUCCAAGUCAGGCAGAAGAAAAACUCAGGGGUACAUUGGCAUCGCAUAAAAAUGAAUUACUUUUCCAAGAAUUUGGUAUUAAUUAUAAUAAUGAACCUCCGUUAUUCCGAAAAGGAACUACACUUAUAAGGAAAUUGGUACCUGAUGGAACUGGUCGAUUGAAACCAGCAGUGGUUCCAUUGGUAGAUGACAUCAUUGCAGACCGAUUUUGGAAAGAGAAUCCAGAAGUUAUUGGAUUGAAAAGUUUAGCUACUUACCAACCUCCGAAUCUAGCUAAUAACACAAACAUGAAACAUGCAAAUAAUAUUCCACCACCUCCAGGUGUUAACGUGAACUCUAUGAACGAAGAGACAAAUUCUGCAAGAUGUCGAGAAUCAGAUGGUGAAAAGAUGCAGUGUGAAAGUGAACGAAUUUGUAGAAGAUAAGCAGUGUUUUAUUUUUAUAUAAUAAAUUUUAAACAUCCUAACGGAAAAUACCAGAAGUUUAUUUUCAAUAAUUUGAAAAUUAUUUCAACUUUAUUACAGUAGCGAUAUCACAAAAUAUUAAUUGUUGGUGGAUGACUUUCAAUUAAAUUGAUAAUCAUUAUAUUUUUAUAAGAUAGAUAAUAUAUUGCAUGUAAAAGUAUUCUCAUGCAUGUACAUACAGUACAUAUAUGUAUGGUUACAGAAAAGAUGUUUUUCGAAAAUAGAAUUUCAAGACUUAUUUAAUACGAA